UACAAGAAAUUCUGUGUCCCUUCAAUAGUAAAGCCAGCCUUGCUAUUAAAGCCAGGUUUUGUCGGUCCCUUGAAUGGCCUUAGUAGCACUAUAUUUAAAUAAAUACAUUUCUUUUUCAGCUGCUACUAAGCAGAAUCCCGUGUGCUGCCGUGGACAGUGUGGAGAUGGAAUCUGUCCAGAUUAAAGAGGAGUUCUCUGAACCUGAACUUGUCCCCUUUAGAGCGGAGGUCGCUGGGCUGGCUUCCCUUCCCAUUAAACAGGAGCUCUGUGAGAUGCAGUGUGACAGCAGUCAGCCAGAGGUCUCUGAGAUUAAAGCUGAGCACAGUGAAUUGGAGAUCUCUCAGACAGAAGAACCCCUUCCUGUUAAACAAGAAGAGGUGCUGGAAAUUAACCAUAUUAAACAGGAGCCCACUGAAGUAGAGUUUGACCACAUGGAACCAGGGAAGGAAGAAUCCGAGGAUUUCAAACCAAACAUCCCUGAGCUGGAGAGAAUCUGCGUGAGAGAGCAAGGUGCUGGAGAGGAAGGCUCUCCCAAUAGCAUGCAAGGAGGUGGAAAGGAAGACGGGCAGUCACAUUCAGAAUGCAGUCUAGCAGGUUCCAGUCCAGCAGCUAAAGCGAGGGCAGGCGGUGGAGAAUAUCCUGACUGUGGUAAAGGUUUAACGCAGUUAGGGCAUUUAAACAAAACCCAGCGAACUCACACAGGCGAGAAACCGUAUUGCUGCACUGACUGUGGGAAGAGUUUCAGUCAUUCAAACAGCCUUGUUUUACACCAGCGAAUUCACACAGGAGAGAAACCGUAUCACUGCUCUGACUGUGGGAAGAGUUUCAGUCAGUCAAACAGCCUUGUUUUUCACCAGCGAACUCACACAGGAGAGAAACCGUAUCGCUGCUCUGACUGUGGGAAGAGUUUCAGUCGGUCAAACAGCCUUGUUUUACAUGAACGAACUCACACAGGAGAGAAACCAUAUCACUGCUCUGACUGUGGGAAGAGUUUCAGUCGGUCAAACAGCCUUGUUUUACACCAGCGAACUCACACAGGAGAGAAACCAUAUCACUGCUCUGACUGUGGGAAGAAUUUCAGUCGGUCAGGCAGCCUUGUUUCACACCAGCGAACUCACACAGGAGAGAAACCGUAUCGCUGCUGUGACUGUGGGAAGAGUUUCAGACAGUUAGGCAGCCUUGUUUCACACCAGCGAACUCACACAGGAGAGAAACCGUAUCACUGCUCUGACUGUGGGAAGAGUUACAGUCAGUUAGGAAGCCUAAAAGGACACCAGCGAACUCACACAGGAGAGAAACCGUAUCACUGCUCUGACUGUGGGAAGAGUUUCAGUUGGUCAGACAGCCUUGUUUCACACCAGCGAACUCACACAGGAGAGAAACUGUGUCUCUUAAUAAACUCACCAGACACAGUCAGUGUAACAGGAUCACUGUGUUAAUAAACUCACCAGACCCAGUCAGUGUAACAGGAUCACUGUGUUAAUAAACUCACCAGACCCAGUCAGUGUAACAGGAUCGCUGUGUUAAUAAACUCAUCAGACACAGUCAGUGUAACAGGAUCGCUGUGUUAAUAAACUCACCAGACACAGCCAGUGUAACAGGAUCACUGUGUUAAUAAACUCACCAGACACAGUCAGUGUAACAGGAUCACUGUGUUAAUAAACUCACCAGACACAGUCAGUGUAACAGGAUCGCUGUGUUAAUAAACUCACCAGACACAGUCAGUGUAACAGGAUCACUGUGUUAAUAA